GCGGAGUUGUCAUUCAAGGGAAGGGUAUAGUUUUUAGUUUUUAUAAUUUUAUUUAGUGGAAUUUCUUUAUCUUAUGUUAUUAGAUAGACAAUGCUGAUUCAAGAUGAUGUCUGAUCAGUUCAGAAAAGUCGAACAGUAUUCUCCGAAGUCCUCGCCACGAGGAGCGAGAUCACCAGUCGUCUCUCGUCAGGAUUCGUCUGGAACUCUCAAGACCACAAUUUCACUCGGGAAGAACCCGUCUAUCGUGCACAGUGGACCAUUCUAUUUGAUGAAAGAUCCCCCAGCUGGAGAAUGUGAUCGGACCGGAGCGACAAACCUGAUGGCAUACUAUGGAUUAGAGCAUUCAUAUAGCAAAUUUAAUGGCAAGAAGCUCAAAGAAUCGCUAUCUUCUUUUUUACCCAAUCUUCCUGGCAUAGUUGAUGGACCCGGGCAAGAGGAUAACAGUACCCUGGGUUCAGUGAUAGCCAAGAGGCCCAUCGGAGGAAAGGAGCUGCUACCGCUGACGAGCGCACAGCUGGCGGGCUUUCGGCUGCACCCUGGGCCACUCCCUGAGCAGUACCGCUAUGUGAGCGCCACUCCACCAAAGAGACACAAAAGCAAGCACAAGAAACAUAAACACAAAGAUGGAGCACCACCCGGUCAAGACACUCCAUUGCAAGACUCAUCAAAUCCAGAUACAUAUGAGAAGAAGCAUAAAAAGCAGAAGCGUCAUGAGGAUGAUAAGGAGCGGAAGAAAAGGAAAAAGGAGAAAAAGAGGAAAAAGCAAAAGCACAGUCCAGAACACGGAGGCCUCACGCCCAGCCAGCAUCCCGUACCCUGAGCGGGUUAUUUGUCCGUAGGAUAUAAGGAUCCAACUACUAAGCCCAAAGAGAAUGCUAAAUACUCUAAACAAAUUAACCAAUAAGACCAAAAUCAUAUCAUUUGAUAAUUUUAUAAUUACCAAAACAUUUGUUUUUAUUUAUUAAUGAUUAAAUUUCUCUCUUCUAUUUUUUUAUUGAAAUGUAAAAUUUUGUUUCCUGUGUAAAAUAGUGUAUAAUGUAAUGUAAAAAUUUACCCAAAUCUCAGUAUCCACAUGCAGGGGGUUCAGGAUUAGUUUAUGGCUCAAAUAAUAGUUUUAAGAUGGAUAAUUUUGUAAAAGCAACAGAGUACAUUAUUGUAGUCAUUCAUCAUAAAUGCAUGAGUGCCUUCAAACAAGUAGGAGUAAGAUUUCUUUUCUUUUCUUUAGAAUGAUUAAGUAUUUGUCCAAUUUCAUAAAUACCAAUUAAGCCUUCUCUUUGGGCUGGUCUAAGAAAAUAAUUAAUAACAUAUUACAGUAAUUAUUAGUUAUCAUUGUUUUAGUGUACUGUCGUUAUUUUAGUUGUGUAAGUUCUAUAUUUUCAGGUAAUUAUUGUAUUUAUCAGAGAAUAUUUUCUUAAUUUCAAAAGAUUUUGGCAUGAAGAAUAACUUGGAAGAUUGUCACCCCUUGAAUUACUGAUCUGAUUAAAAACCAUUCUUGAUAAUUUUAUGCUACCAAAUAUCGAACAUUUGGCUCGGUUAUUUGAAAAUUAUGUAAUAAUUAUAAGUAUUAUGUAUAAUUACAAACAAAAUGUGGUGUGGAUUAAAAGUUUUGAAGCACUAUUUUUCCAACCAUGACUUUAUAUUGUAAAUAGUCGCAUCAUGACCCUCGUUCAAUACCAUUUCUCAUAGGUGUAAUAAAUAAAUUUGAUAGAAUGUU